CAAGCCUCGGCUCAAGCGCCUUUCCCUUCGCUCCUUCGCCUCUCGCAACUAGCAGCGUUUGCAAAGAUGCGUGAGCUCGUGCAUGUGCAGGGUGGACAGUGCGGCAACCAGAUCGGCGCCAAGUUCUGGGAAGUGAUCGCGGAUGAGCACGGCAUCGAUCCCACAGGCACCUACCACGGCGAUUCGGACUUGCAGCUGGAGCGGAUCAAUGUGUACUUCAACGAGGCGACUGGUGGCCGCUACGUUCCCCGCGCCGUGCUGAUGGAUCUGGAACCUGGAACCAUGGAUAGCGUGCGCGCCGGGCCCUUCGGUCAGCUCUUCCGUCCUGACAACUUUGUCUUCGGACAAACGGGGGCCGGCAACAAUUGGGCCAAGGGCCAUUAUACGGAAGGAGCUGAGCUCAUCGAUUCGGUGCUGGACGUGGUAAGAAAGGAGGCAGAGGGCUGUGACUGCCUGCAGGGCUUCCAGCUUUGCCACUCUCUUGGAGGAGGCACCGGCGCCGGCAUGGGCACCUUGUUGAUCUCGAAGGUGCGUGAGGAAUACCCGGAUAGAAUUAUGGAGACAUUCUCGGUGAUUCCUUCUCCAAAGGUGUCCGACACAGUCGUGGAGCCAUACAACGCCGUUUUGAGCUUCCAUCAGCUGGUGGAGAAUUCGGACGAGUCCUUCCUGCUGGACAAUGAGGCAUUGUAUGACAUCUGCUUCCGCACGCUGAAGCUGACGACACCAACCUACGGUGACCUUAAUCACCUUGUGUCGGCCGCCAUGAGCGGGGUGACCUGUUGUCUGCGCUUCCCAGGACAGCUGAAUUGCGACCUGCGCAAGAUCGCGGUGAACCUUGUACCGUUCCCUCGCUUGCACUUCUUCAUGACGGGCUUUGCCCCCUUGACCUCCCGCGGGUCGCAACAGUACCGUGCAUUGACCGUGCCAGAGUUGACGCAGCAAAUGUUCGACGCCAAGAACAUGAUGUGCGCGGCAGAUCCUCGCCACGGGCGCUACUUGACCGCCGCGGCCCUCUUUCGCGGGCGCAUGUCGACAAAAGAAGUGGAUGAACAGAUGCUCAACGUCCAAAACAAGAAUUCAUCCUAUUUUGUCGAAUGGAUCCCGAACAACAUCAAGGCAUCGGUUUGCGACAUCCCGCCAAAGGGCUUGAAGAUGGCAGUCGCCUUUGCUGGCAACUCCACGGCCAUUCAGGAGAUGUUCAAGAGAGUGGCAGAGUACUUCACUGCCAUGUUCCGCCGCAAGGCUUUCCUGCACUGGUACACUGGAGAGGGCAUGGAUGAGAUGGAAUUCACGGAGGCCGAGUCCAACAUGAACGACCUGGUUUCUGAGUACCAGCAGUAUCAGGAUGCCACCGCGGAGGAGGAAGGUGAGUUCGAUGAAGAGGAGGGCGAAUAUGAUGGCUGAGUUUCACUUGCAUGCGAUUGAGUUCAGCUGAUGCCGUGUUGAAUCAAACAUGGCAGCUCGACUGGACGCUUGGUGCGCUUUCAAGAAACACUUCUUGAAGGUGGACACCCGGCAACUGAAAGUCGCUGCAACGCGAUAAAGGCUGGCAGCUGAUUUGGCGCAGACUUGACCUCCUUUUGAAGGUGGCACA